AUGACGGUAUGAGUGUAUGACGUUUAUUAAUAUGACGUUCAAGUUAUUACUCGUAAUUUAAAAAUAUUGAAAUUAUUUUCUAGAUUGUUUAUAGCUUACGAAUUUUUUUUUUUAUUCCGUAUUCCGUAUUUCCGUAUUUCCGUAUAAUAGGAAAAAUUCUCUAUAAAUAUGGGUCUUGAAAACUUUUGGAUGAAUAAAUCAUUACAUUUUUUUAAUAUUUUUCUUUUAAAAGAUCAAUUACAACCAGAUUAACAACAAAAAAAUAUAUUCAAAUAUUUUCAAAUAUAUUUCAAUUUCUCAAAAAAAAAUGGCAAGCAUCAAAGUAACUUUUGGUCAAACUUCUCGUAAAUUUACUAUCCCUUCAAAUACAACUUGGUCACAAUUUGAAUCUCAAUUACAUGAUCUAUUCAAUAUACCAUCUGAUACUUCCUUUUCAAUUUCUUAUAUCGAUGAAGAUGGUGAUGUCAUAACUUUAUCAACUGAUACUGAAUUACAACAGAUCCUUUCAGAUCAAGAAUCUUUUGGUACAAAUGUUAAAUUUAAUAUUUAUACUUCUGAAAAUUCUGAUAAUAAUGAUUGGGUUUUGGAGAACGCUGAAGAAAAAGAUGAUUCCGUCGUCACUAUAAGUGAUGAUGAAAUUACUUCCAAAAAAGAUGAUGAGAUUAUAGCUUAUAAUAUUGGUGAUCCUAGCGAAACUGAAAAUACUGAAAACAAUGAAAACAAUGAAAAUGUUGAAAAUGUUGAAAAUACCGAAAAUACUGAAAAUAUUGAAAAUACCGAAAAUACUGAAACGGAAAUUAACCAAGUUGUUGACGUUCAAACGGAAGAACAACAGCCGGCUGUUGAAAUGAAAAGUUACCCUCGAGUCACAGUAACGGACGAAAAAGAUGAUCCUUUAUUUGAAUCAACUCUUCCAAAAGAAAAUUCUGAAAAACAAUUUGAAGAUUUACUAACUCCUGUUGAUUCCGUUAACAAAGAACAAAAUCAAGAAAAUCCUGUGACUCCUGCUGAAAC